GUUGUGAUAAACUUAUUAAAUAGAUGUUAAUUGGGAAUAGUCGAAUAUUAUCUCACUGACAGAUUAGCCGUGCAUCUAUUUCUUACAGUAUAAAAGAGUUAUGUCUUCUUCGUCCGGAGAGAGUGACGAAGAGGAUUAUGAGGUCGAUAAGAUCACAGGCCACAAGAGACAGGACGGGGAGUACGUAUACAAGGUCAGGUGGAAGAAUUACGGUAAAGACCAAGAUACAUGGGAGCCACAGUCGAAUCUGGACAACUGCCAACAAGCGAUAGAUGAAUACUGGCGAAGACGAAAUGCGGAGAAGGAGAAAAAGCGCCAGGAAGAUGAGGGAACAGCUGGAGGUGCAGUGAUGCCCUUGACACCGCCGUCUACAACUGCAGCACCAGCCAAAACUCUGGACAAAGCUUUAAAAAAACCCUCCGCCGAAUCGAAGCCUAAGUCAAUUGAUGAAAGUGAUAAGAAGGAAAGCUCACCUAGGAAAGAGAAUUUAGGAGAUGAAACGAAAUCUCCCUUUACAAAUUUCCCGAUUGCGUCUUCGGCCGAGAAGACUGAGUCUUGGGCAGCCGACACAGUGAAGUUCACAACUGGGAUGGAUGUGGAAUGCGUUAAGGCAAAGGAAAUCAAGAAGGAUCCUGUGGCGAAGACUGGAACAGACAUUAAACUCCAGUCAGAUGGAAAGUCUAAACCAAGCGUGCCCGAUACUUCCGAUGCCGGCUCUGUGACAUCUUCAAAAGCUUCCAAGCCCGUUGAACAGAAAUCUGCUAAGAAACCCAAAUUAAUCACAACCGAUGCCCCGAUAAUUGCCCAGCAGAAAAAGAAGGCGGCGGCGGUGGCUUCCGCUUUGGACAGCGCUGCAGCAGGAGGAGGAGGAGGGGAGAGUUGGAAGCAGAAGUACGAAAAGAAGAAGAAGGAAUACGAAAAGCUUCAGAAGAGCUACCAGAAGGUGAAUCAGGAGAAUGCGGCCAUGAAGAGCAAGAUAGAGAAGGUGGUAUCUAAGGAGAUCAAGGCUGUGGAAGUGGACACUGCUGAUUUAUAUUCGAAUGGUCAGCAGGCCUUCAUAGAAACGCAACGCCAGUCAUGCGAGGUGUUGUGGGAGGCAGUGAAGAAUGGGCAGUACAAUGUGGUGCAGGAGGCAGUGUUCAACAUGGCAUUGAAGGAGACCACUUCUUUCCUAUGGGACUCACAGAGGAACGGCAAAACCAUGCUGGGGCUAGCAGUAGAAAAACAUGACGAAGACAUGGUUCGACUUCUGCUGAGCGCACCUGGACUGGACGCAAAUGCGAGAACAGGGGAAGACCAGUCGACCGCACUCAUCCAGGCAUGUGACAUGGGUCUAGUAAACAUCGCAUCUCUCCUGUUGGAAGGCGGAGCACACGUCAACAGAAUAUCUGUAGUCAAUGGGGAAAGCGCUUUGAUGAAGGCUUCCAAGAAUGGCCAUGAGGAUAUCGUGGGUCUUCUAUUGGAGUACUGUGCAGACACGAAUUUAAAGACGGAGCAAAACCAGAUUGCUCAGCAGAUGGCCAGGCUGAAGAACCACCAGAUUUGUGUCAAGUCCAUAGAACAGCACUACUCAUGGGUUAAAAACUGUAUUGACGAGAAGAUCAAGCUGUACCUGCGUGAUGCAUUCGAACUGGGCAAUACCCCUCUGUUUCCCAUGCACUGUCACUCGCUCAAGGAUGGGACGCAAGCUUCGUACACUGUGGACAUGACGAACACCACCGCAGUCGCCGCUGCCAGCAGCGGCUUCCUUUUGUUUUUGACUCAUUGCAAAAUUGAGCCCAGAAGGAACAACAUCAUGGCCCGACUGCAUGGACCGUGUUUUGUGCAGCAAGUCAGAGUCAAUAACCAGAUUCUUACUGCUCCAGUACCUGGUGCAAACUUCAUUUUGGGCUUCAUUCCGAAAUGUGGCAAGAAUCAGCUGCACAUUACAAUGACCAAUGCUCCGUGGUCUGAUACGCAUAUUGUGUUUUGUGCUUACGCGGUCACGAAGAAGAAAUCUACGGCGGCAACUGCAGGAGCAUUCAGUACAGUAGCUGCAAUGGGCCAGAGUUUCCGCUCAACCCUGCCCAAAUAAUUGGACUACGAUAACUGAACUCUGAUUGAUGAAGUGUCAAUUGACUAAGUUGAGACACCAAUUCAGGUGUAUUUUUUAGAAAAAUCUGUUCACGCUCUAAUUUGGUUUUUGGAAGCUUGA